AUGUCGCGCUAUAGUUACGACCCCCUCGCUAUCGAGGACGACGAUAGGCGCUCGCGCGGCUCGAGUCUACCGCCAGCCUCGAGCUCAGCCACACGCUUGAUCCCGCGAAAGCCGCCGCCGCGCGUGUCGAGCCGCUCCCCGUCUCCACUGUUGGAUGCCACCCCCACACCCUUGGGCCCCCGCUUGCGCGUAACGCGCAGUCCUUCGCCCUCCACUGGAAGCAGCCGCCCGCCUUCUACCGACUUCGAUGUCGACUUUGUUCCCAUGAGCCCACAGCCAAGCUCGCGAAACGCACAUGCGCGGACGGAUUCAAGCGCCUCAUUACUCCCUCCCCCACCACGAUACAGCGGAGACAUAUCCCCCGCCUUCUCCCACGCGUCCCUGCCCUUGCCACCCUCCGACUACUCCGAUCGCAGCCGGAGCCACUCCCCGCCGUCGGACUAUUCGGACGGAGAGGAAGAGGAUGGAGACAUGCGCUUCGAAGCCCCGCGACCGUUGCCCGCGCCACUCCCGCGGCCCCGGUCUCUCCUCCAAGCCGACCCGCCCACCCCACAUGCCACAUCCUCACCAUUCAGCUUUACCUCCUCGGCAUUGCCCCCUGCAACUAACUACUCUGAUUCACCCUACGCCCUCCCACCCCGACUUCCUUCGCCAGACAAGGACUAUCUUGACGUCCCUUUUCGGCCCCGGUAUCCACGGGCAGGGAGUGUAGUCAGCGAGGGAGUGGCGCGGCCUUCUCAUCGCCGCGGCGGGCCAGCAGGGCUGGGUUCCAUGGGCGGCAGCUCGGAACACAGCAGCAUCGACUUCAGCGCAGGGUCGCGGCCAGGAUCCGCGCCGCCCGAAAAGUUUGACGCGUUUGCGUAUUCGCUCCAUCUCGGCCCCGAAGACGACGACGCGCUGCACGACCCGCGGGUCAAAUUCAGCGGUGUCUAUACGCGUUUCGCAGGCGUGAGCGUGUUUACGGCGCGGGGGGUGCUCAAUUUGGGAUGCCUGGUGCUGCUUGUGGCGAUCUUGGCGGUGCUGUUCCUGGUGUACCCUCUGCAUCUUUACUUCACCGCUGCAAAACCCGGGCAAGCGCUGGUCGGCUCCAGCACGACUUCGGGCGUCAACGCGAGCGGGCAGGUGCCCAGCAUCGGGAACUUCGGCCUUGUCGAUCUGCAUACGCCCAAGAGCGCCUACUCGCUGCCCUCGUACCACGAUCCGAGCCAGACGCUGCAGCUCGUCUUCAGCGACGAGUUUGAAGAAGAAGGCCGCAGCUUCUACCCGGGCGACGACCCUUACUGGGAGGCUGUGGACCUGCAUUAUUGGCAGACGGGGAAUUUGGAGUGGUACGACCCGUCGAUGAUCUCGACGCGCGGCGGGGCGCUGGAGAUCAACCUCACGAAGGUGGCGGACCCGACGACGAACCACGGACUGAACUACAAGGGCGGGAUGAUGAGUACCUGGAACAAGUUCUGCUUCACUGGCGGGCUCAUUCUGGCGGACGUGAUGCUUCCCGGCGCCAACAACGUGUUUGGGCUGUGGCCCGCGUUGUGGACGAUGGGCAACUUGGGAAGGGCUGGAUACGGCGCUUCGCUUGACGGAAUGUGGCCAUACAGCUACGACGCGUGUGAUAUCGGUGCUGCGCCGAACCAGUCGUACGCCUUCACCGCGAUGGCGAGCAGCAAGACGGGCCCGCCCGGCGCAACCCUCCCCGACGGCACCCCGCUGUCGUUCCUCCCGGGCCAGCGGUUGUCGCGCUGCGUUUGCAGAGGCGAAACCCAUCCGGGCCCGUUCCACAAAGAUGGUAGUUACGUGGGCCGGUCGGCGCCGGAGAUCGACGUUUUCGAGGCCCAGAUCGGAGAGGACGCGAGCGGCGUCAACGUCGGGCAGGUCUCGCAGUCUGCGCAAUGGGCGCCGUUCAACGCGGAGUACCACUGGCUGAACACUUCCGACAACCUCAUCAUCCCGUCGCUCGAUGUCUCGCAUUUUAACAAUUACGUGGGCGGGAUAUACCAGCAGCCGACCUCGGUCGUUUCCACGACGAAUCAGGCGUGCUAUCAACUGGCGGACGGAUGUUUUGCACUACAAGGCUUUGAAUAUGCCCCGGGCUUCAACAAGGCGUACAUCACCUGGAUCAACAACAACGCAGUCGCAUGGACACUCAACGCCGGUGGUGUCGGGGGCGAUACCGCCUCGGGCAUCUCCGCACGACCGAUCACGAACGAGCCGCUGUACAUCCUUGUCAAUCUCGGCAUCUCCCCCGCCUUCGGGUUCAUCGAUUUCGAGCAUCUCGUCUUCCCCGCGACGAUGCGCAUCGACUGGAUCCGCGUCUACCAGCGGCGCGACGCGAUCAACGUUGGCUGCGACCCGCGGGACAUGCCCACGCAGGCUUAUAUAAACACGUACAUCGACGCGUACACGAACCCCAACUACACGACCUGGACGGACGACUUUGGGCAGCGCAUGCCGAAGAACAGCCUCGCGGGCGAUUGUUGA